AUGGAGUUCAGAGAAACCUCAUACAAAGAACAAACUUCAGUGGACAAGAACGACCCUGAAAGUCAACAACAAAGUAAACAGCGGCAUAGUCAUAUAAGGCGUCCUUCUAAGACCCAUAACGUAACGACAAUUUCUAACAGAUUCGAUCCCCUAAGGAGUAUACCAGCUGAAACACCUUUUAAAAGUGCCCUGGUCAUUGGAGAUUCUAUACUCAGGAACACUAACAUUGAGGCACCAAACACCAUAGUCGACUGUAUACCGGGAGCCAGAACGUCUGACAUUAGAUCCAAACUUAAAGUGCUGGCUAAUGCUAAGCGGAAGUUUUCUAAGAUUGUUAUUCACGCCGGCACGAAUGACACUAGGCUCCGCCAGUCGGAAAUCACCAAAGAUAAUAUUAAGGAGAUGUGUGAAAUUGCAAAAACAAUGUCAGACAAUGUAAUAUGCUCUGGUCCCCUCCCCGCCUACCGGGGAGAUGAAACACAUAGUAGAUUAGUGUCUCUCAAUGGAUGGAUGUUAAAGUGGUGCCCUCAGCAUAAUGUAGGGUUUAUAGACAAUUGGAAGCAUUUCUGGGGAAGACCAUUUCUCCUAACCCGAGAUGGCCUUCAUCCGUCAUCGGAAGGAAGUGCUAUACUCACUAAAAAUCUGAUCAAUAGUCUUAAUUCUGAUAUAGUAUGACUAUCCAGGGCCCAGGUCAGGAAACAGACGGAUCGGCUUAACCGUCCAUCUGUUAGCUGCCGUGAUAUGUCAAGACCACUUAUAUCCCAGCACUUCGAGUCAAUCUUACCGAAAUAUCAGCACAUUUCAACUGUAUCUGUUCCCCGAACAAAUAAAUACAGGGCACCGCUUGUUACAUCUGGUACAAAUCUGAUUCAAAUAAAAUUAGAAAACAAUACAUUAACAGAUGAAUCUCGAAUCUUAAAAUUCGGCCUUCUUAACAUUAGAUCGCUUACCAAUAAAGAACCUAUUGUCAAUGAAAUAAUUACAGACCAAAACUUAGAUGUACUCUGUUUAACAGAAACCUGGCUUAAAGCAGACGACUACAUUAGUUUAAAUGAAUCCACCCCACAAGACUAUUAUUAUAAACACGAACCUCGAUUAAAGGGGAGAGGGGGUGGUGUAGCUACAAUAUACAACACAAUGUUUAAACACAAAGUUAGAAGUAUGGCGCGCAGCAUGGAAACAGAGUGUUAAACACUACAGACAGGCUAUUAAAACCGCCAGAUCUACAUAUCUUAGCAAGCUUAUAAAUGAGAAUCAUAAUAACCCUCGUUUCCUCUUUAGCACAGUUGCGAAACUGACUAGAAACAAAGAACAAACAGAAACCAAUAGUAAACUUCAACACAAUAGUAACGACUUCAUGAACUUCUUUUCUAACAAAAUUUCGGCUAUUAGGGAAAACAUCGUAGCUACCCAGGCAGCCACCACUCUACCCAUUAGUUCACUUAACACUAGACUACCAUACGAACAUCUUGAUUCAUUUAAACCUACUACAAUAGAUGAGCUCUCUAAACUAGUCACAUCAUCCAAAUCAUCGUCCUGUAUAUUAGACCCCGUUCCCACAAAACUACUUAAAGAAGUAUUCCCUGUAGUGUCAACCCCGGUUCUAAAUAUCUUUAACUCAUCGCUAGAAAUAGGAUACGUUCCAACAGCUUUCAAACUAGCAGUUAUUAAACCGCUGAUUAAAAAACCACAGCUUGACCAAGGAGAACUUAAUAACUUUAGACCAAUCUCAAAUCUCCCUUUUCUUUCGAAAAUAUUAGAAAAGGUAGUGGCAAGCCAGUUACGCACAUUCUUGACAAAUAAUAGUACAUAUGAAAAGUUCCAAUCAGGAUUCAGGCCCCACCAUAGCACAGAGACAGCGUUGCUUAGAGUUACAAAUGACCUCCUAUUAACAUCCGAUCGUGGUGAAAUCUCAAUUCUUAUAUUACUAGACCUUAGUGCAGCAUUUGACACAAUAGACCACAGAAUCCUACUCAAUAGACUAGAAAACUAUGUUGGUAUCAGUGGUCAGGCGCUAGCCUGGUUUAGGUCAUAUCUAACCAAUCGCUAUCACUUUGUUUAUGUAAAUGAGGAAGAGUCAUAUCACUCCCUGGUUAAAUACGGUGUACCGCAGGGAUCAGUUUUAGGCCCAAUCCUGUUCUCGUUAUACAUGUUACCCCUAGGAGACAUUAUCAGGAAACACAACAUAAGUUUUCACUGCUAUGCGGAUGAUACCCAGCUUUACAUCUCCUCGCAUCCCAGCGAAACACACACGUUUUCUAAGCUAAAAGACUGCAUUAGCGAUGUUAGUGACUGGAUGGCACAUUACUUUCUUAAGCUCAACUCCAAUAAGACAGAGGUACUUAUUA